GCCGCUUUUGGCCCCAGGCUCCAGGCCCAGCGCGAGGGAGCAUGCAGACCCUCCCCGGGCCGAGCCUCUCCGACCCGCCCGCGCUGGGCGAGCCCAUGCGCGUGGCGCUGCGGCGGGCCGGCGUGGGCCCCGCGCCGGCCGCGGCGCGCGCGGCGGCCAGCACCGGCGGCAUGGGCAGCUGCAGGGGCCCGCUGCCGCAGGCCGUGCAGGACCUCUGCGACCUCACCUCCGGGCUGUGGGCGCUCGAGGGCGUGCCCGCCGAAGCCGAUGGCGCCGAGGCCGCCUCGCCCCAGGGCCGCGCCCUGGAGGAGGCCCUGCAGCAGGCCACUUGGGCGGACGGCAGCGCCGUGCUCAAGCUGCUCGGCGCCGUCGAGGGCGAGGGCGCCCCGAGCCCGCCGCUCUCCCGGGUGGGCCUCCAGGUGCCCUCGGCGCCCCGGCUUCCGCCGCCGUGCGCCUCGCAGCCGCGGAGCGCCGGGGGCGCCGUGCCCGUGCUCGACAAGUCGGAGAUCCUCGACCUCGACCUGUCGACCGGAGGCAUGGUGCCCAUGGCGCGCUCCGCGGCCUGGGAGAAGUGCGUGCGCGACGACUUCCUGGACAAAGGCACAACGAUGGGCAGCCUGCCAACCGUCGCAGCCCCGACGAGGGACAGCCUGCCGUGGACCGCGAUGACGCAGGACAGCCUCCCGUCGGCCGCGGCCGCGGCCGUCUUCACGCACGACAAGUUCCAGAACGACGCCUCGGGCUGCGCGGCGUCGUGGGACAGGCCCAUGAUGCCGAAGUCCGCCUCGGGCUGUUCCCUGACGUCGUCCAUGAGCAUGUCGGGCCUGCGAGGUGGCAGGUCUCCAAGCAGCUUCCCGACCGGUUUCGCUACCUUCGGCGAAGUCGUGCACAUGUAGUCCGCGACGUUCGACGGAAGAAAUCAUUCUCUGACGCCGUCUCUGGCUGAUCGGCUGCGGUGCGCCAGGCACUCACGCAGCAUGCCCGCGCUCCUCGUCUAGGUGCUGGUACAACACCAGCUGCGCCCAGAUGCCGGGGCCGUGUUUGCGAGGGAGGGGGCA